GGAAAACAAGUCACUUCCUUAAUGCUCCCAAGGAAACCAUCUACUGCUCAUGUGAUUUUGAGAUCCCAAAAGAGUCAUGUCCAGCAGGUACCCGAUUGUAGUGCAGGGCGAGGCCUCUGAGACAGACUCUGAUGAUGAAGUCUACAUCACGUCCAUGUCUGCUCCCCAAACUGCCACCGUCGGAGCCAAGGUUCCCGGGGAGGCGUCUGAGACGGACAGUGAUGAUGAGGAGGAGGCUGACCGAGCCUCCUCAGUGAGCCAGGAGAGCGCUCAGAUACUCAGGAGAGACUUGCCUCCUCUUAUCGUAGUUAGAGACCAUCCUGAUAUACAGUCGAUUGUGGAGGACAGGCCAAGUCCCACACACAGGCCACAAGGUGAAACUCUUUUACAACAGAAGCUGCAGGAAUCUAACAGCCGGCUGUAUUCUGACGUGGGACAGACACUACGGCAGGUUUAUGGCAGUGCCAGUCGAGAGGUGCAAAGUGCAACAGCUCAGCUGAAUGCGUCGCAGAGCGCCAUCAUUAAUGCCUCCCACAGCAUCCGAUUAAUCCUGGAUGACCUAAAGGCUGUGUCCGAGAAGAUUGACAUCAUCACCAGCUGUCAAAUACUGCCUGAUAUUAACAUCAGUAAUCAAAAUACUUGUACUGCCCCUGUGCCUUAAAGAAUCAAAGCAAUAUGUAUGUUUGAAAUGCACGUGUCAUUAUAUUUAUUUGUAUAUUUUCAUUGAAUAUCAAAGAGUCAGAUUCAGCUGGGAGAAAAAAAGCAUAUUAGCUUUACUUCAGUGUUUACAAACAACACCUAUGCAUAUGAACAAAUAUGUAUUUUAAAGUCACACACUGUUUAUCUUUCAGGAUUCUCUGUCCCUGUGUCUGGGGCUGUGGUUAUGUUUCUUUAAAUAGUAGGAGUUAAGGAAAUAACAUGUUCUGUCAUCUCAUGUGCUUUGUUCUUACACUUUGGUCUACAAAUUUACAUGAAUUUAUGAACAGUAUCCAUUUUUUCUUUGUAGAUAUCAGUGUAAUUACACAUAAUCCCUCAUUGUAAGAGUUUUUCUUUAAGGCAUAUCCUGUAAUAUCUUUGCUUUUUGGGGGAGUCCUCUUUUAUAGACUUGUACAAGUUUAUCAUGCUAUAAUUAUUUCAUUUCCUCUGUUUUGUGUUAAAAAUAAAUAACUCGAUGUAAAUUAA